UUUUCCACCAAUAUUACUUCCGGUUAGUCUUUUUGAUCCUCACUGGUUUCUGUUUCCGCUCUGCUCAGUUGGCAUUUAGGCAAGAUGGCGUCAGAACCGAACAAGACAGAAAUUCUCACCAUUUUUAAACGUUUGCGCUCCAUACCUACAAACAAGGCCUGCUUUGACUGUGCUGCUAAGAACCCGAGCUGGGCCAGUAUCUCGUAUGGAGUGUUUCUGUGCAUCGACUGUUCUGGGAUACAUCGCUCCUUGGGAGUGCACUUGAGCUUUAUCAGAUCCACAGAACUGGAUUCCAACUGGAGCUGGUUUCAGCUGAGAUGUAUGCAGGUUGGAGGAAAUGCCAACGCGAUGGGUUUUUUCCGCCAGCAUGGCUGUACCACCAAUGACACCAAUGCGAAGUAUAACAGUCGUGCGGCUCAGAUGUACAGAGAGAAGAUUCGACAGCUUGCCAACGCUGCUCUCUCCAAGUAUGGCACUGAUCUGUGGAUUGACCACUCAAGCUGUGCUCAGGCAUCACCCACAGAGAAGAGAGAGACUGACUUCUUUGACGAGCACACACUGCCUGCCAGCAGUUGGAACAUGGCGUCCCCGUCCCUAACAGAUCAGAAUGGAGCUGUAACCCCUCAACUGGAGCAGAACAAUCCUAAGAGUUCAGAGACCAGCACUCAACCUGAAGAGGGUCCAAGCAUUGAAGGACUGAGCACAAGUCCUAAAGCCACAAUAGAAGUGAAACCCUCCAUUAUUGGAAAGAAGAAGCCAGCCGCUGCAAAGAAAGGGCUUGGCGCUAAAAAGGGUCUUGGUGCCCAGAAGGUGAGCAGCAAGAGCUUCACUGAGGUGGAAAAACAAGCCCAGGUGGCCGAGAAAAUGAGAGAGGAGCAGACCACUGAGACCAAGAAACAAGCCGAAGAGUCCAUAGUGGCCUCGAUGCGACUGGCCUACAAAGAGCUGGAGAUUGACCGGAAGAUGGAGGAUAAGAAACUGAAGAACCUUGAGGGCAAGAAGAAGGAACAGGCGGAGAGGCUGGGCAUGGGAUUCGGCAACAGGAGUGCCGUGUCUCAUUCCGUGAUGGCGGAGAUGCAGGUGAUCGAGCAGGAGACCCCGGUCGGAGUCAAAUCCUCUUCUCGCUCUAAGCUGGACAUGUUUGAUGAGCCCGGGUUCACCUCUGGACCGCCCAAGUACAAGGACAACCCCUUCACCUCAGGAGACGGCUUUGGUUCACGGUGGGACAAUGAUGGAGGAUCAUCGUUCUCUUCCUGGGCUCUGGAGAAGGAGGAGCCUAAAGACAGUGAGGUCACCAUCUCUAGCAUCCAGCCAAUCGGAGAAAGGCUGCCCAGCCGACGGAAACCUGAGGCGUCUGUGCCUGUCACAGAGUCCAGCGAAGCACGACAGAAGUUUGCCAAUGCUAAAGCAAUCUCGUCUGACAUGUUCUUCGGCCGUGAGAGCAACCCAGAGUAUGAAGCAAAGACUCGUCUAGAAGGCAUGUCUGGAAGCACCUCCAUCAGCUCCGCUGACCUGUUUGGUGAUGGCAGUGUCCAUUCCUCUGGCUCAUCAGGAUUUGACAACGUGCUUCCCUCCGGUCCGGACAUCGCUCAGUUCAAGCAAGGUGUGAAGACUGUCGCAGGGAAGAUGGCAGUGCUGGCUAACGGAGUUAUGAACACCAUUCAGGAUCGCUAUGGAUCUUACUGAAAGGACUGCAUUAGAUUGAAACGGAAGUUGUAUUAAACAGGAUGCACAUCAUUGUUGAUUGGAUCUGGUCUGUCUUUCAUCCAUGAACCCACAUCUGAGCGAGCGAGCGAGAGAGAGAGAAAGACCAAGACCCGGGAGCUUCCAGUCUCUCCCCAGACCACUGUAGACACUCUUGCUGACAGUAUUUUAAUUUCUAUUUGAAGCACUGGAAAGAGUGUAAAGUUUGUCUUCAGAAUCACAGUGCUUUCUGUUUGAACCAACAGUCCUGUUUUCUCUGCCAUGUACUGGUCUUUGAUUUCAAAUAAGUAUUUUGUCUGGAAUUAAAUGCAUAAUUGGAGUGCUAGUAUGUUCUUAUGGCUUUCUUUUUGUAUUUUAACGGUAUCCGAAGACCUCAGUGCAUUCAGUAAACAAGGAAAGGGAACCCCAUAUUGUGUAUUUCUACAUUUUGAAUAUUUGGAGCCCAUUUCCUAAAUGCAGUCUAUUCAAUUUUGAUGCAUUUUACAUUAUUAGUUAAGUGAUAAAAUAACCGUUAUAUAUUGUGCAAUAUAUUCUGGCAUGUCAAGGACGUGUUCUUGAGGCUUUUUGUGGAUGCGGAUGUGUGAGUGACUGAUUCCUGGGACUUUGAGUUGUUAGGAGGACCGAUGAUUUUAAACUGAACCGUGUUUGUUUUGCAUGCAAGCAUAAGCCGAAGACACUGGUGCUGGAUCCAGCAUUCACUCGUUUUCACAGAGAAAAUGCUCAAGAAACCAAGCGGACUGAGGAGGUUAACAGUGACGUGAUAUAAUCAACGACAGUUUAAUAAGAGGCCCUCAGUUUAGGUGAUUGAUUGACAGCUGUCAAAAUAGUUGAUUUAAAAUUCACCCACUGGCGUCUGUUUUCUGGUUCUGUGCAUGUGCAGUUCUGUUUUCUAGUACAUGCAUUAAAGCUUUCCUUCCCUUUUUCUCUUGGGUUAAUGCCAGACCGGGAGCUGGCGAAUGGUAUUUGUCUGCCUGUUCGUUUGUAUCCCAGUGCUAAAUUUGAAAAUAAAGAACUACAAUCCAACUGCAGUCUGAAAUAAAAGCUAUUUAUUGUAGCCUGUUGAGAAGAAUCUAUUGAGAUUUGUGAGAAUAAAGAUUGAAAUCCCCCACAA